AAGACGAAGGCAACAAAGAAGGCCGCCAUUUACACUCCCUGUCCGUAAAGAAGACAUUUCUGACUUUCCUACCUUGCGAAUUGCUUCUUUGACUAUGGAAAAAGAUAAUCCAGUGGCUGUUCUGUCUGAGCUCUGUACAGACGCUGACAUCAGUCGGGCGCAGCGAGUUCUCCCGUCCAAGUUUUUAAAACUUGGUGAUAUAGUGAGUGCAUCUACAUCAAUUUCUUCAAAUCUAAGCAAAGAGUUGAUCUUUCCUUAUGUUGAUUGUUACCAGCCUGAAGGGUAUCCUUUGAAUCCUCUUCCCACCAAGAGCGUUGAGAAACUUCCUCCAAUUGCACUCUCUGUUGACGGGAAAGCUGCCCCAGUUUACGGCAACAAUAAUCCAUCUUUUGCCGAUGUUAAUUCUACCAUCAAUCGCAGCGUUUUUGCUGCAUUCAGUGCCAAUUUGCCCAACCAGGCAGUAAUCACUCAAGAACAGAAACCUGUUCUUAAUUUGGAUCAAUGGGGGAAGGAGGAAAGAGUUGCUGCUGCCAAGUUCUUUGAGGAGUUUCUUUGCAGCUCCAAAUCCAACAACUACUUCCGCAGUUGUCCUGGAGGUCGUGGUCAGACUGGAGGGGGAGGUGCUUCAGGGGGUGCGUCCGGAGGUAAUGGGACGACUGGUGACGUCCAAUGGGUCACUGGUUCUUAUGGAGGAGGAGGAGGUUCCUAUUACGGAGGAUCAGGUGGAGACGACGACGACGAUCCAUCAAAGCAUUUGCGACAAAUCAAUAACACUCCAGGGCAUUACUUGGAUUUGGAUUUGUUCCAAGCUAGCGAAGAUUUGGAUCCAGUUACUGCUGAUCUGCUGCGUGAAUUUGGGCUUUUUUCUGAGCUUGGUCUUGAGCCUGUUUUUAAUCCACAUCUUCAGAAUCUUCCUGGCAGUUCAUCUGGAGUUAACGUACGUCCUGACGAUUAUUCUGAUCCUGCUCCACAGACUCCCCAUACUCCUGCUCCCAUGACACCACACACGCCUGCUCCAGCCACUCCUGCUUCCUACGGAAUGAUGUCGCCAAUGCCUCAGUGUGGAGCCUCUGGAAUGAACUAUGGACCAUCGUUGACUUACGGAAGUUUUGGCGGGGCGUAUGAAAGCAUGGGUGGAGCUUCAAUGCAGUCUACAUCUGGUGUUAAUGUCAGUGAUUUGUUGGAGAUGAGCAAGCUAAUGGCCACACCCGUUACUCCUCCCACUAAUAACCCGGUUUGUGCUCCAAUGGUUGUUCCUCAACAGCCUCGUAACGACCAGCGAUUGACCGGCCAGCAGGUAUUCAACUUGACCCAUCCCUCUGCCUCAAAUUCAGUGGCUAAUGUUGGUCUUAAUCCACCACCUAGUCCUUCUCCUCAGUCACAAACCAGCUUUGCUCUCUCUCAGCCUGUCACUCAGUUCUUUGGGGUCAGGCCUAGUUACAUUAAUGCAGCUCAGGGCAAGAAAGUCCUUAAGGUUUUUGUUAAGGAUCAUAAUAACGCUCAGUCCUAUGAUGCUCUCAAGUUUUGCUUUGACAUGUUCAAGAAGUAUGACAGCCAGCUAGAGAAGCAGUGUACCCUCCCUAUAGCUAACCAAGGGAGGGCAAAGCUCGCCACUAUGACCACUGAGCCCGAUUCAAGUUUGACUUUCAGCAUGCCCUUUAACUGCCUCCCUUUUGAUGAAUGGGCUGCCUCUAACAAUGAUCUUCGGGCUUGUGUGUUGGUCCUUCAGCAAAUUGUUAAUACCCUUUACAGUGUCUUUCAAGGAGACAGGGACCUGUCCUUCUGGGGAAGCUAUCAAAUUUUUGUUGCUCCGAAUUCUCAGGUCUAUAUCUACAUUGACUUUAACAAGUCGCUCUCUGUCCAAAAGGUGUAUGCUACUGAAUUGUCCUUGCAGCAGUCAAAUAGUCGCAAUGAGGAUUGUGUUGUUUUGAAGAAUAUUUGUGAUGUUCUUUUGAACAAGUUCUUGAAUGGAGGCAAUGUUUCACCUCAACUUGAAGAGGUUCUCCGAUCAUUUGGAAAUCUCUUAAACUCUCCAAAUUGCGUCAGUCAGGUUGAUAUCCUUGCUCGUAUACUUGGUCAAAGGAGGGUCUGUAAAAUGCAGGCCACAGUUCAUGGGUUGAACUCUCCUGAGUGCACAGUCUACUCUGUGGAGCAUGAGCCUGUUUCUCAGUCUCUUGGUGUCCUCAAGCCCUAUGUUAAUAAUGUUGGGCCUUGUGCUGUUUAUCACAGUGAUGGUACUCCUGUUCAUGUGACAGAGAUAUCUGUUCGUGGGUCCAAGAACCAUCAGUUCAUUUUGGUUCCUUGUGGCCAGAACACUACUCGUAGUCCUGGCUUCCUCUACAUUGAAUAAAAGCAGUGCUAAACUUUAAAAGAAAGAAACUGAACUUUCAUUAUCGUUAUUGUUGUUAAUAUUGCCAACUUUUGAGUUUCUUUCAUUUGUACCUUUCAUAUUUACCACUGUCAAUGUGUCAAUAUCUCUCUAUCUAUCUGUCAUUUACUCUAAUGUGUGAUUCCCUUUUGUACGAUUAUAAUUAUUCACCCUU